AUGGGAGAUCAAAGCCUAGCCUAUAGUCAUGAGACGGCUGUGUCAUAUGAAGCCGUGACCGAGAUGCUUCGCACACCUUGGACUGACGUCUACAGCAUCAGUCCAGAUGGUCAGAAGUAUAUUUCACCGCAAUGCCUUAACGGCACUCCUGUGCAAAAGAUCACCGAAGACAGCGACUACUGGGUGCCAAGAUGGUUCUCCCUUGAAGCCUACCUAGCACAAGAGGACUCGGAAGAAAAGAAGAAAAGAGAGUCAAAGGAACAAUACCGAAUUAACCCCCAUAACAAAGAUCUUGCUAAGAAACACAAGCUACAUAUGGAUAAUGUGUCUAAACAACGCAAGAUCCGUGAAAUUUUCGGCCACGAUUCGCCAUACCAUCCGAACCAGCUCGUCUCCAAGCAUCACCUACCGGCAGAAGGAUUAUGUGAGCAGGAAUUGAUGUAUAAGCUUGCUUGCAAGGUGUCUGACUUGCGAGUUCUGCAUGAUAAAGGGGAGCUUGCCAUGGACCCCUGGGAUUUCCUCCGAUGGCGGAUUGCAAAGAAGAUGCAGUCGAUGUUCACAAUGUCUGCUCAGAGCGGCAGGGAUGUGAUCAAAAGAAUUGUAUUCAGCAUCUGUGAGGACUCAGGUUCAAAGAGUGCCUCUAAAAUCUACGAGGACCCUACACUGCGCGCCGCUAUCAUCCGCUCAGCUGGCUAUCAAGGUCGACUGGCCAGCUUCCGCAAGCCUGGGGACAAAAGCAGGAUCACAAAGACCAAGACCAACACAGCCGGUAUGGGAAGCAUCAUUCAACGGCGUUCAAAAGUCGACCCAAUUCCGCCGGCACUCAUUCGACAGUCAGCUCUCAGUCGGUCUGAUAAGCGCCAGAAGAGGUCAAAUCAGCCGUCGACAUACGGAGGAGUGAAUGCUUACCGGGCACAACAACAACAGAGAGAUAACUCAAGGCUCUAA